AUGUCUGAAAAGGAACCAGACUCUGAUGAAGAUGAUGUAUCAGAAACUUGUGAAGAUCCACAGAAGGAUAAUUUAGAAGAAGGAGAAUUUGAUCAAAAUAAUGAAUCGGAGUUCAUGGCAGUUGACGAUAACAAACAGGUGACCGAUGGGAGGCAGCCGCCGACUACGAAGAGGCCGAUGGAGAUUAUGCGGGAGUUAAACUCAAAAUUAAUUGGGGAAUAUGUUCUAUCUCCUCGAAUUAUUGAACCUAAUUAUUCACUGGAGAUUCCCAAUACAUGA